GUUUGAAGUGUUACACAAACAAACACACUCCCAAAAGCCAGAAACGGAACCCUUUCCCAUUCACAAUCCCACCCUGAUACGAGAAGAGAUUCUGGAGAAUUCGAAUCACAAUUCCGAUUAUCCUUGGUCAUAGCAAUUGCGAAUUGCAGAACAGUGAGCACAUUCACGUCCUUAUUCUCCCUUUGUUCACGUCGCUUACAUCUCAUAGCACACGGGACCAUUCGAUCGAUUCGGAUCAAGGCCUCUGCCUGUUGAUUUGAUAUUGAAGGAAGUGAGAAGAAUAGACAUCAAAAUGGAAUUAGCAGACAGAGCAGUUGGAUUUCUCUUGUCCGUCAUUAGCUUAUCGAUAUUCACUUAUUACACUUUCUGGGUCAUCAUCCUGCCAUUUGUAGAUGGUGAUCACUUCGUACACAAGUAUUUCUUGCCUCAAGAAUAUGCCAUCCUAAUACCAGUGUGUGCUGGCGUGGCAGUUCUCUGCUUCUUGUGCAUAUUUAUUGGAUUCGUGAUGCUCAAAUCCAAAAAGAAGGCGGCGUGAUUUUUGUGUAUCUUCUAACAUUUGUACCCGAAAAUGGAAAUUUAACUGUGUGUGCUAGUGUUUGAAAUUAGCAACAAUUACCUUUUGUUUCCUGAAAAAGUUAGAAAAUGGUAAUGAGAACUAAAACAUGCCCUUGUUUGCUUCA